AUGGUUUACAAAGAGACUACUAUUCCAGUUUUGGUUGCUCCAAUUCCACCAACUCCACUAACUCAACCUACCACUACUAUUCCACCACCACCACCAGUUAGUAUAGUACCAAUCUCUACAACUCCUUUACCACCUCCCAUUUUUUCACAAGCAACUACCACAACUACCCCUAUCUCCACCACUACAACCGAACCUCCAGUAAACGUCAACGUAUCUGAUACGGGGGAUAAUACUGAAACUAAAACCCCUGUUACAUCCAAACCUCUUUCACCCUCACCCUCAACUGAUUCUAGUCCUAUUCUCGGUGGUGACAAUUUUGAGUUUGACUCAACCUAUUACGGUCCUUAUAGACUUCCCACUGACAAAGAUGAAGAGGCUCCGGUAACCAAACAACAAGUACAGAGUCUCGAUGAUAAGCUUGAUCGAUUGCUCGCCUCUUCUUCGAAGUACAAUGAUAUUGUGUUGAAGCCUUUCUUGGACACUACUUUUGAACAGUAUACAGAAGCUAUUGAUAAAUCAUCGAAGGCGGUUGAAGCAUCCACAUAUUCAUGCCAGAAGGCUACAACCAAUGUUGCGGAACUGUUUUACAAUUCCUAG